AACAAAGACGAGGAUACGCAAGUUGCAAUCCCACCAGUUGAAAAUGUUCUGACAACUCCAGAACUUGUGUUUCAUAUACUUUCUUAUCUCAACAUCGAAUCUCUUCUCAUGGCCAGAAAUGUAUGCCGUCAAUGGCGUUCAAUUGUCAAUCUCCCAACAGCUUUCGCACAAUAUAUCAUUUAUUUAAAGACUCAAAACUCGCGUCUUUCGAACACGAUUCGUGAAUUAACUGAAGCGAUCAAUGCUAAUGAGCGACAAAUUCAUAAUCUUGAGAAAAAGAACUCCGAACUCGAAUAUAAGAUUGAGUAUUCGAAUUAUGACGAAAUACGCGUUGAGAAUCAAAGGCUCGAGUAUAAAAUUGAAAAACUUGAAAGAGAGUGGGGUGAUUAUGAUGAAAUAUAUGCGGCGAAGGAAAGACUCGAGUAUAGAAUUGAAAAACUUGAAAAUGAGUUGGGUGACUAUAAUAAAAUAUAUGCGGCGAAGGAAAAACUCGAGUAUAAAAUUGAAAAACUUGAAAGUGAGUGGGGUGAUUAUGAUGAAAUACAUGCGGCGAAGGAAAGACUUGAGUAUAAAAUUGAAAAACUUGAAGAUGAGUGGGGUGAUUAUGAUGAGAUAUAUGCGGCGAAGGAAAGACUCGAGUAUAAAAUUGAAAAACUUGAAGAUGAAUGGGGUGAUUAUGAUGAGAUAUAUGCGGCGAAGGAGAGACUUGAGUAUAAAAUUGAAAAACUUGAAGAUGAGUGGGGUGAUUAUGAUGAGAUAUAUGCGGCGAAGGAGAGACUUGAGUAUAAAAUUGAAAAACUUGAAGAUGAGUGGGGUGACUAUGAUGAAAUAUAUGCGGCGAAGGAAAGACUCGAAUAUAAAAUUGAAAAACUUGAAGAUGAGUGGGGUGAUUAUGAUGAAAUAUAUGCAGAGAAGGAAAGACUCGAGUAUAAAAUUGAAAAACUUGAAAGAAAUUGGGGAGAUUAUGAUGAAAUAUACGAAGAGAAAGAGAGACUCGAGUAUAAAAUUGAAAAACUUGAAAGAAAUUGGGGAGAUUAUGAUGAAAUAUACGAAGAGAAAGAGAGACUCGAGUAUAAAAUUGAAAAACUUGAAAACGAAAAGGAAACACUUUAUGAAGAGAAUCAGAUCCAUCUAGAGGUGCAAAAUGGGAAGCCAUACACUACUGCUGAGAUAUUAUAUCUUGGGAUGACUAUAUAUGAGAUAGUAACGGGUAAACGACUGUUCG